AUUUAAAGCGCACAAACCAGCGUAACCUCAAAAUCAUUGUUCUUGUUAUACAUCAGUGUCAGUGAAAAAAAAGAACUUCAAACACUCGAGCCACGUUUCUAUUUUUAAGUGGCGGAAAAGGACACCUCUCCUAAUGACUACGUAUUCUGAACAGGCCUUUGAUUCGUCAAAUUACAACUCGGCGAGACCCACCUACCCAGACCAGUUCUACAAGACUUUGGUGGCCUUUCACAAAGCGCACUCGGGAAAUGUCACCUCGCUAGCAAUGGAUGUGUUCACGGGCCCUGGGUUCGUGGCAUUCCACUUGACCAAGUACUUUGACCACGUGAUCGGCACCGACUUGUCGGCCACCAUGAUUGCCGAGUGCAAAUCUCGCCGCAACCAGUGGCCCGAAAAUGGGAAAAUUGAGUUUCACACUGCUCCCGCCGAAAAGUCUCCUGACUUUGUUGCAGCCCUGUCGGUGGAUGUUAUCACCGCUGCAGAAGCGUGUCACUGGAUGGACCAUCCUAGAUUCUUCGCGGAGUGCGCUCGUGUUUUGAAGCGUGGGGGAACUUUGGCCUACUGGUUUUACUUGGACCCCGUUUUUGUGGACUGCCCUGCGGCCACGGAAAUCCACCGCAAAUACUCGUGGGACUCCUCGGUCGAAAAAGAAGGUUCAGACUACGAGAAGUACUUCGGGCCUCUCUACGAACAGCCUGGCCACGACUUGUAUGGAGACGCGAUGUCGACAGUGAGCCCACCGGGCGAAUUGUUCAGUCACGUGACCCGGCUUUAUUACCACCCCUAUGAGCACGGGCGUGAGCACACGACUCUCUUCAUCGAAAAGAAGCUUACUUUGAAAACGUACAGAGCCUUGAUCCACAGUUGGAGUGGCUACCAUAACUGGAAGAAGCAGUACCCGGACAAGCCCGAUGCCGCGGAUCAAUUGGUUGCUGAAGUGAGCCAAGCAUUGGGCAUUCACGAUGAUAUGGCGCCGAUCGACAUCAUCUUUCCUACUGUUUACACUUUCGCUCGCAAGAAGUAAAUUCAAUAGUCGGCAGUGAUUGCCUAUGCGACUGGUUAAGCUAGUGUCGACCUUGGCACAAGUGAGACGAAGAAAAUAGACGUUUUCACAGAAGCAAGUAAAACUCUAUGGUUCAGCUAUAGUA